CGUGCACUUGCAAGCAGCCGCUCGUCUUGUCGCAGAAAGACCGAGAGACCCCAAGAAGCCUGGGCGGCACAGGAAUUUCCCGCCUUCUGAGGGACGCCGCAGGAGGACAAUUAUCUAGUAGGGAGGAUAGUCGCUUUGUCACAUCGCCGGCUCCCACUUAUCUGCCGAGUGCAGAACUUCAAAACCCCUGAGGCUGUUAGUUUACCUGAAAGCAAUAUGCGAUUGCAACAGAAGCAGUGGCGUUUAGCAGCCCUUCUACUGCUAUGCUCUUCUCCAUUUACAGCAGCCAUCGAAUGCUAUUCACACAACGGCAUCGAGGCGAGUUCCUCCGAAUACUACAAUGCCACCAAAGACGGCGCGCUGGUUGGGUGCGGGACCGGGGUCACCACAUGCUGUCUUGAAAGUGAAUACUGCGAUGUCGACCUGCUAUGCCAUGAUCGAGACACUGGCGGUGUCUCACGACAGUACUGCUCCUCACCGUCGUGGCCGUCUGACAAAUGCUCUGCGCUUUGCCCCCAGUACACAGCGGCCGGUGUGUACUUGACGGCCUGCGACGACAGUGGAACGAAGUACUGUUGCGGUCCGUCAGCAGAAGACUGCUGCAAGGCCGGGAAUUACACCACAAUUGACAAGGAAACCGGCGAGAUUAUUGCCAUCGGGACGAUAACAUCUGCUACCACCACUGCUGCGGGUAGCUCUGCGUCUACAACCGAUACAGUGACUGAAAAUGCAUCAGGCAUGCCCGAAAGCACUAAACUCGGUGUUGGCCUUGGAGUCGGCCUUGGAGUCCCAUUCCUACUGGGUGGGGCCGCAGCCAUCUUUUUCUGGCGACGAUCCCAGAAAUCCCAAUCCGGGUCUCAGGUGACUGAAUUGGGUAGUACCGACAAACAGGUUCAUCUUUUGGAGGCCAACGAACGCCGGGGCGAACUGCCAGGCAAUGAGAUAAGACACGAGCUGCAGUAGGCAGACACGAGUAUGAUGGGGAAGGCUAUGUAUGUUAUUGUUCAUGUGAAAUAUCGACUUAUGAAAUGUGAUGCCACUUCUUUAUAGGCAAAAAA